GUUGUGCUUCGGGACGUACAUCAUUUGGACGGCAUAGUCAUGGCUCUGGGCGCAUUGGGUACUGUGUCUCAGUUUGACAAUGUCGAGCAUCUGAAUCGCGAGGCUUGGAGCCGCAUGAAGAGCGGAGAGUUCGAGGGGCACAAGAUGUCAGUGGCCGAUACGGCUUUGCGCACCGCGAAGGAGCGGCAGCGCGCUGGUUUGGUCACAGCUUCAGCAGCCGUCGACGUCACGCAACAGCUUCUUCUUCUGCGUGGAGGCGGAGGACCUGCUCGUAAGCGGCGCAAAUUCGCCGAUGACAGCUUGGCUUUCAUCAAUUGUGCUCAGACGUGGCAAGCGGAUGGGUUGCGACGUCAGGCGCCCCUAUGCUUGUGCUUAGGAUGGCCAGCGCACACCACCUUGAAUCUUACGCCCCGGAGCCUAACGUAG